UGGAGACACAACAAACAUGGCGGCAGCGGCGGCGUCGGUGACGGUGACGAAGACGGCGGCGGCGGCGACGGCAGCGGCGUUGAACGAGGCGGUGGGGGUCCCACGGUGCAGUUGUCAGGAGAUUUUGACUUGUGGUGUGCUUUUCUUUGCAGACCUCUGUAUGGCUUUUAAAUUUUAGUUGAAAUUCCCUCCAUGGCCUUUUGGAGUCCUUUGGCAUGUCAUCAGAGUGAAUUUCGAUUACUCCAUAUUUCAUCGAUGUUGCAGUGGCAAGAAAAAGGAACUGAUUUGGGGUGAAAAGUUUUUUUUUCUAGGUAUAACAAACUGUAAACUUAAAAAUAAAACCAAAAAGCAAAGAUGGGUGAAAAGAAACCAGAGCCUUUGGACUUCGUGAAAGAUUUUCAGGAAUACCUGACUCAACAGACCCAUCAUGUGAACAUGAUUUCUGGAUCAGUUAGUGGGGACAAAGAAGCAGAGGCUCUUCAGGGAGCUGGAACAGAUGGUGAUCAAAAUGGACUUGAUCACCCAUCUGUUGAAGUUUCCCUGGAUGAAAACUCAGGAAUGUUAGUAGACGGGUUUGAAAGGACCUUUGAUGGGAAGCUCAAGUGUCGGUACUGCAACUAUGCCAGCAAAGGAACAGCACGGCUUAUUGAACAUAUUAGAAUCCACACAGGUGAGAAACCUCAUAGAUGUCACUUAUGUCCAUUUGCAUCUGCUUAUGAGCGUCAUCUGGAGGCCCAUAUGCGUUCCCAUACUGGAGAAAAACCAUACAAAUGUGAAUUAUGUUCCUUCCGCUGCAGUGAUCGAAGUAACCUCUCCCAUCAUCGAAGGCGCAAGCAUAAAAUGGUACCAAUUAAAGGUACUAGGUCUUCCUUAAGCAGCAAGAAAAUGUGGGGCGUUUUACAGAAGAAAACAAGCAAUCUGGGGUAUAGCAGAAGAGCACUAAUCAACUUAAGUCCACCUUCCAUGGUGGUUCAGAAACCAGACUACCUUAAUGAUUUUACUCAUGAAAUCCCAAAUAUCCAAACUGACUCCUAUGAAAGUAUGGCAAAAACCACACCAACUGGUGGCUUACCAAGGGACCCCCAAGAACUGAUGGUUGACAAUCCAUUAAAUCAGCUCUCAACUCUAGCAGGACAGUUGUCCAGUUUGCCACCUGAAAACCAAAACCCCACCUCCCCUGAUGUAGUUCCCUGCCCCGACGAAAAGCCUUUCAUGAUUCAGCAGCCCUCUGCACAGGCCGUGGUUUCUUCCGUGUCAGCAAGUAUUCCUCAGAGCUCCUCUCCCACAAGCCCUGAACCUCGGCCAUCACAUAGUCAAAGGAACUAUAGUCCUGUGGCAGGUCCAAGCAGUGAACCAAGUGCCCACACAAGUACUCCUAGCAUAGGAAACAGCCAGCCCAGCACUCCAGCCCCAACACUGCCGGUCCAGGAUCCCCAGCUUCUGCACCACUGCCAGCACUGUGAUAUGUACUUUGCAGACAAUAUCCUUUACACUAUUCAUAUGGGAUGUCAUGGGUAUGAAAAUCCUUUUCAGUGUAAUAUAUGUGGAUGCAAAUGUAAAAACAAAUAUGAUUUUGCCUGUCAUUUUGCAAGAGGGCAGCAUAACCAACACUGAUUGAAAACAAUCAUAUCAUUUUGUUUUACUUGGUUUUGACCUUUUUUUUUUUUUGGUCAUCCCUAAUAAGGUAUCUGCUAAUUUAAAGUUUACACGUUAUACUUAAUAGAAUAUAGAUUUGACAGUGGAAACAAAAAUUUCCCUUUCUAUUUUUUUCAUAAAAAUCUGGUCAGGGUCAUUUAUGUAUUAGAAAGUUAGACACAUUGGUGUUCCUUUUUUCUUUUUAGACAGUUGAGAAUUAUAGUGCAAUCAUAAUCUUAUAAGUGUGCAUUUAAAUUUCCCACAUUAAUGGUCCAUAAAAACUUCAAGGCUUACCAUACUCUUGAUAUUUCAAUAUAUACCUUGCAACUAGAUGUAAUU